AUGCCUAUUUCCUCUUUCAGGCUCCCUCCACAUGAACAACAAAUGUGGAGACUGUAUACCUUGGUACGUGAUGCUACGGAUUCUGAUGGAAGAAAGCUUGCGAGUGCUUUUGUGAGACUUCCAACCAAAGAGGUACCUUGUCAAAGAAGUGCUGUCUCGAAGACGUCUGCUCAUAUCAUCAUUAAGGAGUACCCUGAUUACUAUGAAGUGAUCAAAAAGCCAAUGGAUCUUCAACGGAUCCAACAACGGCUGCAGUCUCGUGGUUAUGCGAGAUGGGUGGACAUCAUUGCUGAUAUGUCUCUCAUGCUGGAAAAUGCUUGCAAAUACAACGAACCUGAGAGUGAUAUCUAUAAGGAUGCUGUUGCUCUGCAACGGUUGGUACUUGAGAAGAAGCGCGAGCUAGGCGCUGCUGAGGAUUGUAUACCCAGGGUACAGAUGGAGAUUCGAAGCAUGUUCACAAACAUCUUCGUUUCUGUGUUCACUAAGAAGGACUCCGAUGGGCGCUGUCGAUGUGACUCUUUUGCAGAGCUACCAGAAUUACUCAAAGCUCGUGGUCUACCUCGCGAUGAAUGGCCAUUCUCAUUGGAUCAGAUCAAACGGAAUAUCGACAAGGGACGUUAUCGACGCUUAGAUCGUUUCCAAAAAGAUUUCUUCGACCUUUUCGAUCGUGCACGUGAGCUUAGUAGGAGUGAUUCGAAGCUAUUCGAAGAUGCUACUGAGCUACAGCUGGCCUUCAUCAAAGAGAGAGAUGCUCAAUGUAAAGGAGUUCUUGUAUCAACAGCAUUCACUGCCAUAGAGAAUGUAUGCCAUUAUAAAGUAGCUAUCGCAACUGAUACCGGAGAAAUGAUGGUGAGAGGAAAGUGGGUUUACAGACCGCACGAAACUCUGCAUCUGGCCAACCGGAAGUUCAUUGAGAAUGAGGUUUUCAUCACGCCAUUCAUCGAUACCGUACUUGCCGAACGACUCAGCGGCCUUUGUAUGGUUGUAUCUGUGAAAACCGCGUUACACAAUGUAGUUGAAGGAAUAAAACCAAGUGAUCUCUACGUCUGCGAGUGCCGAUACUUAGGAAAACCCCGAUAUUUUGCUAAAAUAAAG